AUACCAUUUCCGGCCAAACUAAGCAGCUAGCUAGCUCAACAAAAGCUCCUGUAUUGUGAGAUUCUGAUUGUGCAAGCCAAGUCUUGAAGAUGUCCGAUUUAAUGGGCUUCAAAGCAAGGUUUAGUUGCAUGAGCAUUCUGCUGUUCAUGAUUACCUUCUCAAGCCUAUCAAGUGGACAAACUCUGGGCUGUCAGAGAAUAACAAUUGAUGAUCUUGGCAACACAACAGCUCCUUCUCAACAAGGGCUGAUUUCUGGUGCCAUCUCUAGCGGAGAUGGUGCAUUGGCGAAUGUGCAAGUGUUUGCUAUGAACAUAGUAUGUGAGGUCGUGGCCAGCCAGCGUGGAUACUUCUCUGUUGUAUCUGUAGUGGCUAACUACACGAUUGAUACUGCUCCUGAUAAUGUACUAGUUGGCCAGUUUGAGUUUAUGUGCUCCUCUGCAGUUUGGAGCGGAAAUGUUCUUACCACGCAGUCUGCCAGUACGCCAGGCGAUGCCACUUUCAACACUCCCCUGAGAAGAGACUGUAGUCUUUGUAUAGAACCAACAUCUCUCUUAUUAUCUAGUACAGGAGGGACUUAUGACAACAUCACACAUUGUGUUCUCUGUGAUGGGUGCACUGGACUAAAUCAAUGUACCAUCUUAUUUGAGAGUGUUUGUUGCAACUACUAUACCAAUGACGUUUGUGCGUCCGAAUGUCCAGCAAACGUAUCAGCUCUGAACGAAACUGUUAAUGAGUGUGUUUGCGAUGUUGGACUAACCGGUAGCAUGUGUGAGACAGACAUCAAUGAGUGCAAUGCGACUGCUCCAGGACCUUGUUUAAACGGUGGAAAUUGUACUAAUACACAAGGUAGCUUUACGUGUGAUUGUGUUUCUGAAUUUACUGGGGAUGUUUGUGAAGAAGACGUCGAUGAAUGUGCUCAGAUUAAUCCGUGUUUGAAUGGUGCCACUUGCGACAACACUAUUGGAGGCUUUGAGUGUAUAUGCCUACCAAUGUUUACUGGUAGGUUGUGUGAUCUAGAUGUCGAUGAAUGCAUUAAUGGAGCAGCUCAGUGUAUAAACGGUGGAAUUUGCAACAACAUAUUCGGAUCCUUUGAGUGUCUUUGCCCACCUACUUUCAACGGUACAAUGUGCGAGGUAGAUGUUGACGAAUGUACUAACGGAGUUGCUCAGUGUUUGAACGGUGGAACUUGCAAUAACACUAUUGGAGGUUUUGAGUGUCUCUGCCCACCUACUUUCAACGGUACAAUGUGUGAGGACGAUGUUGACGAAUGCUCUAUAAGCAAUCCGUGUGAGAAUAAUGGAACUUGUACCAACACCAUUGGAGGCUUUAACUGUUCCUGUACACCUAGGUUCGAGGGCAUGACCUGUGGUGAUGAUAUUGAUGAAUGCUUGGAAGCAGAUGCAUGCAGUAACAAUGGAACUUGUACCAACACAAUUGGAAGUUUUAACUGCACGUGUACACCUGAGUUCGAAGGCAUGACCUGUGGUGAUGAUAUUGAUGAAUGCUUGGAAGCAAAUACAUGUAGUAACGAUGGAACUUGUACCAACACCGUUGGUGGCUUUAACUGCACGUGUACAGAGGGUUUCGAGGGAGUUAUAUGUGAUCAAGACAUAGAUGAAUGCAAUGACAACCCGUGUGGAGUUGGAGGACAGUGCAACAACACGUUUGGCAGUUUUGUUUGUGUGUGUAGUCCAGGAUUCGAAGGAGAUCUUUGCAGCAAUAUUAACGAGUGUGCUCCCUCUUCUAACAAUCCUUGUAUGAAUGGAGGACUUUGUAAUGACACUAUUGGUAGCUUCAAUUGCAUGUGUGCAAGUGGAUUCACUGGUGAACGAUGUGCCGAUGAUAUUAAUGAAUGUAUUAUUGAUAAUCCCUGCCAGAAUGGUGAAAUUUGUACCAACACUGUCGGAGAGUUUGAAUGUGCCACUGUACCACCUCCAACUGUAGAUAACCCAUUUGGCUUGGGGGCCAUCAUUGGGGUUAUCGUAGCAGCUGUGAUCCUGGCUAUAAUCAUAAUCGCUCUGCUCCUGCUUUGCUGCUACUGUUACAGAAGUAGGAAUAAAAAUGACUAUGACAUAGGGCCCUCUACUAACGUUGUUGUGCGUACUUGGGACCCUCGCACUCAACACGACAGGUCGGGGGAUUCUCUUAGGAGUUCCGGCCGAAACUCAUUCGCGCGGAGCUCUAUUUCAAGUGUUGGCUCGUUCCUGAGAGCAUCCAUUCGCCGUUUGAGUGGCAAGAGACGAAGUGGAAGGAGGGGAGAAAAGUUGACGUACGAAGAAGAUAUAGCCAUGAAAGUAACGCCCUUAUAAGAACAACGAUAGUAUGACUAAUUAGCUAGAAGCUUUAUAUUCAUUAAUUGUCAUAAUUAUACCACCUCUUUUUAUUAUUGCCCUUUUUAAUA